AUGUCGAACGCUCAAAGGAGCGAGAGGACGCCUCUGCUGUCGUCCUCCUCAUCUAGUCGACGCCCCUCGUCUUCCCGUUCUCGCCGGCCGAGCAAUGCUAGUCGCAAUGGAACACCCCCAACACCGACGCCCAGACCCCAAGCCAGAGCCGCUCUCCCUCGUCCGCGCCCAUUAUCCAUCGCCGCACUAGUCGAAGCACAGGAGCCUUCUCACACCAGCUUCCUCGACUAUGUCCGCGGUCGCUUCGACCUCGACAGCGAGACGCCUGCAGUGCGCUUGUCGCUUACCUUGCUUUUGCUCUUGCAGUACCGGCGCUCGCUGAAGAAGACGCUGGCAAAGGGGAGGGAAGAUAUCUUAGGAAGUGCAUCCACCGUCCGGCAAGCGAAAGCGGACCUGGAGUCCGUCGAGCAGCAGGAUAUACCAGCGGUGCUGGAACGGCUGGGGCAAGAUAUUGCGCGAGACAGCGAGCUUUGGGAUGUGUUGACGACCAGUUGGCUGAGGGAGGAUGACCGCGAGGGAAGGGUCAGAGUGAUCGACUUUCUGUGCAUAGAUGACGGCGUCCCAGACUCAAUGCUGCGCCAUGAACUGAUCUCGUACGCACUCGAGAAGCGCUGGGACCAAGCAGAGCGCGGGCAGUCUGACGCGCGGCGGUCCAUCUGGGCGCGAUACGAUUCUCUGUGCACGCCGAGGAUUAACCUCCUUCUACACAACCUAUCCCUAUGGAUAUAUUUUGCCUUGUUGGCUAGCUACCUCAUCUAUCCGCCUCGACACCAUCGCAUCCUCCCCGACUCACCCGUGGAAACUUACCAUGCCCGGGAAUGCUUCCUCGUCUUCACUUCCCUCGGCAUCGGCCUUAAUCCCCUCUAUCGAGGAACGCUACAUACGAUCUCGGCCAUCAUCACGUUCAUCCAGUUUGUUGCUACCCUUCCGGACGUGCCGUAUCCGUCGGAGGGAUCGUUCUUCUACCUGUCGCUGGCCCUAGUCCUCACUUUCGUCGCUUUCCACUCGCCAUCGUCGAUCACCUCACCUAUGCUGCUCAUCUCAAGAACAUCUCGAACCUGGCCGCUAGCGCUCUUCCUGUGGAACGACUUCAGCAAUAUCCUCAUGCCGUCUAUCACGGUGCUCGUCCCAUCUCUACUCGUUAUCUCGGUCCUUCUCAGUAUCGCCCUGAGCACAACACCCUACGAAGGACCGGACACCGCACUUCUCGAGACCAUUGGGAACGCUUUUGGCAUGUCCUUCAGUGACAGGACGAACAUGACACCAAUGGAGACGCGGGAAAUGCUCUUCACGGUGCUCCUUGUUGUCAUCGCGUGCAUGGCGGGGGCCAUAUUCCUAGCUUGUACGCGGGUCCCAGCGAAGGCAGCCGACACCUCUCUCAACGCUUGGGACCGAUAUGGACCGCUCAUCGCCGUACGGACCAGGCAGUCGUUUGCUCAAGCAGUGGCGGUGUACUCAACUGCGCCCACGACGGAGGGGACCAUCACGGAGAGACGGAUAGAGACAAGGACGUCGCGGCCGCGGUACAUGUUCCCUCCGCCUCUCAACCUCAUCCACUUGCUGCUCGUUGCCUACCCUCGCGCGUUCGCAUUCUUGAUGACCUGGCGCGGUCGGGCGACACCACUUGAGGAGAAUGCCUUUACGAGGUUUUUAGAUAGCGCGGAGGUCGUCCUUUGGAGGUCUUUGGUAGGACCGUUUGCGGCUAUACUAUGGACAUUAUCUUGGAUACUAGGACGUAUAGUACGAUAG